GCAAGACGGUGGCCGAGAGGAUUCGAGGACAAGGACGGUGGCCGACGAGGUCGGGUAUGGAUCACCUGGAGCGCUGCGCGUGGCUCCUUAGGUGGACGCUGGUGCGGGUGGCCGUGCGGCGCUACCUGCCCUGGGCACUGGUGACCUCCAUGCUGGCAGGCUCUCUCCUCAAGGAGUUCUCUCCGCUGCCCGAGAGCUACCUCAGCAACAAGCGCAACGUCCUCAACGUGUAUUUUGUCAAAAUGGCCUGGGCCUGGACCUUCUGCCUCCUCCUGCCUUUCAUUGCUCUCACCAACUACCACCUGACGGGCAAGCCUGGCCUGGUCCUGCGGCGGCUGAGUACCUUGCUUGUGGGCACAGCCAUCUGGUAUGUCUGCACAGCCAUCUUCUCCAACAUUGAACACUACACGGGCAGCUGCUACCAUUCGCCAUCCCUGAAAGUCAGAAAGGACUACGGGAGUAAGCAUGAGUGCAAAGUGGAAGGAGGCUUUUGGCACGGCUUUGACAUCUCAGGUCACUCCUUCCUGCUGGCCUUCUGUGCCCUCAUGAUUGUGGAGGAGAUGGCUGUGCUGCAUGAGGUGAAGACGGACCGAAGCCACAGCUUCCACACUGCCAUCACCACCCUGGUUGUCGCCCUGGGCUUCCUGACCUUCAUUUGGGUGUGGAUGUUUCUGUGCACAGCCAUUUAUUUCCACAAUUUGUCCCAGAAAGUGUUUGGCACCCUGUUUGGUUUGCUAGGCUGGUAUGGGACAUACGGGUUUUGGUACCUGAAAUCCUUUUCCCCAGGACUUCCUCCCCAGAGCUGUAGUUUAAAUUUGAAGCAAGACAGUUAUAAGAAAUAAAAGAGAAACAAAAGGGGGUGGUAGCAGGACAAUAGCUAACAUGUUUUUCUUAGCUAAACUAUCAAUACUACUUCAGAGGGGAAGCUUACCAGGCAGUUUUGGUGGGUGGUGCUGGGGAAACAAGUUUAGCCUCCAGACUGUUCUUGGAGAUGUAUUGUGUCACAAGCACCACCAUUCCAGUCAGGCACAUUUCUUCCUUGGCGGGACUUGACCUCAAUCUGGAACUCCCCUUUUGUCCUUAGAGGGCAGAGCUAAGAGUCAGAGAGAAAGAUCAGAAUCCAGACAGCCUUCGUUGUAUGAAGGAAAGCCAGGUCCUCAGGACUCUUAUCUGCUGCCAUCUUCCUGAUUUCAGUUGUCUUUUGAUUUUAAUGGCUGUUAAUGCUGUUAUUUAAAAAUAUUUCCCUUGGUCAAUUUUACAUAAGUAUUUAUUUCAAUCAGCGUUCUUUAUAAAACAACCAACUGCCUGAAGGACACAUUUGGUGUGAAUACUUGUUAAAUAUUGCAAUUUGCUUAUGAUUAGCUAGCUGAAACAGACCUGUUGAACUGAAGAGCCUCUGUGACAUUGGUGAUUUUCUAUCAGUGAUGUCUAUUAAUGUAUGUUGGUUUUUAGAGCAAUGAGGUUACCUUUUUUUCCUUCUUUUUUAAGUGAAUGCUUUAUAGUUUUUAAUAACAACCAUGGCAUUCAUUCCCUGAAAAUAACUCCUAACUCCAGGGCUAUACAUGUAUAGAUUAUUUCCAAGUUUUUUGAAAACACUAAUUUACUUCUUAUAAAUCAGAAUCUUGGAUUCUGGUGUUAAAUUCUACCACAUGUGGUUGUUUUCUCUGUUAAGAAUUAAACAGGAAAGCAGGUGUUUUAAUAAUUUGAAGAGUUUUAAGCUAAGUCAGAGUAAUUAUACAAAAUGCAUAUUUGCACUGAAACUCUCCUGAAUGCAUAUCAGUGGUAUAGGCUGAGCAUUCUUCAGAGUCAUUUGAUAAGUACAUUGAUCAGUCUGCUAUUCUAUGGCAUAUUUUCCGUUUUGGAAAUAUGAUAAUUCGGAAUUAAAUAAAAUGUCUCCCAUUUAUUUGAUGGCAAGAAGCUGAUCUGCUUGUAAAAACGCCUUUAUUAAAUGAUAAAUUGGGGCAUGACUUUGGCUCCAUCCUCCUUUUACACUACCAACAAAACAAAACCUACACAUCUUCAACUGGGCUUGAAAUUGAUCUUUUUCCUCCCUUUGUUGCACUUCUCAGUUUCAAGCCUGGUCAUUCCAUGGCCUUCACUCUUGAGAGUGCUGGAAAGGGUUAUGCGUCCUGUCACAUCCAUCUGACAAAGGCAGUUACACACUCCGUCAUAAAAUAUCCCCUCUCCCCUUUUCCAGGCUAUCUUCUUAAGCCUUUCAAAUCGAACCACCUCACAUUUUGGAUAAUCACACUGAAGAUGCUUUAAUGCCCCACCCCCACCCCCCCAAUCAAGCUUGAUAAUAGCAUUAAUUGAUAAGUACUACACUUGACUGUAUUAACUCAAGCUUAGUUUGUUAGGAGCUUGAGGUCUGAAAAAUCUUUGGGGUAAAUUUUAUUUGAUAUAAAAAUGUGUUUAAAAUAUGUGGUUCAUAUCCCAUCAAGCUUUAGGUUAACUCGUGUUUGUCAAAACGUGAGAUGUGAUGUGUUAUAUCCAAAAGUGGCAGAAACACUGGCAGUGAGAUUUCGGUUCCAAGCGUAACCAUGGUGCUUCAGAAGUGUUGCCAAAUGUGAUGGGCCCCAAUGAGAGAAUUUUUUUUGCCUUCUGGAGUUUACAUUCAGGACCUGGGAGUGGGUGUGAGAUGGGUGGUAGAGGCUCACUGAAAGGAUUGAAAUCUCUCCUACGUUUUGUGUUCAGCACCAAAAGGCAACAGGCACAGAGUGACCCUGGAAAUUCAUUUGUCACACCUGAUCUCCAGGUAUUUUUCUCAUGUGGGUCUGACUCAGCUUCAGCCUUAAAUUAACUUUAUGUGGAAAGUGUCACUACACCUCAAGGAUUUGUGCCUUCUGAUUGAUUCGCCUUUCCCCACUUUUUCUUUUCUUUUUCUUUUUUUUUAAUUAGAGAAAUUCUGGGUUUACAGAAAAAUCAUGCAUAAAAUGCAGGGUUCCUAUAUACCACCCUAUUAUUAACACCUUGUAUUGGUGUGGUACGUUGCAUUUGUUACAGUUGAUGAAAGCAUACUUAAAAUUGCACUAUUAACUAUAGUCCAUGGUUUAAUUUGGGGUUCACUCUUAUGUUGGUGCAGCUUCAUAGAAUUUUUUUAAAAAAUUUUUAUUCUAAUAUAUAUACAACCUAAAAUUUCCCCCUUUUAACUACAUUCAAAUAUAUAAUUCAGUGCUGUUAAUUACAUUUACAAUCUUGUGCUAACAUCACCACCAUCCAUUAUCCAAACUUUUCCAUCUUUCCAAACAGAAACUCUGUACAUUUUAAGCCUUAGCUCCCAUUUCCUACCCCCUACCCUAUCGCUUGGUAAUCUAUCUUUUAGAUUCUGACUCUCUGAGUUUGCUUACUCUAAUGAUUUCAUAUCCAUGAGAUUAAACAAUUUUGUCCUUUUGUGCCUGGCUUAUUUCACUCAACAUGGUAUCUUCAAAGUUCACCCAAGUUGUUGCACGUAUCAGAACUUCCUUCCUUUUUAGGGCUAAUUAAUAUUCCAUUUUGUGUAUAUACCACAUUUUGUUUAUUUAUUGACUGAUGGUCACUUGGGUUGCUUCCAUCUUUUGGCAAUUUAAAAUAAUGCCUCUAUGACUGUUGGUAUGUAAAUAUCUGUUCAAAUCCCUGCUUUCAGUUCUUUGUGGUAUAUACCUAGAAGUGGGAUAGCCAGGUCAUACGUUAAUUCUAUACUUAACUUUCUGAGAAACUGCCAAACUGUCU